AUGAGUCCUGGUGGAUUGUCCGGUCGAUUGGCCUUUACGCAGCGACAUGAGCGAUCACCGGAAGAGCGCGAUCUCGUCCGGAGACUGGAUAUCUUCUUGAUGUCUUUUGGCUGCUUAUCACAGAAUCUUGACCAGCAAAACAUCAACAAUGCAUACGUCUCAGGGAUGAAGGAAGACCUUGGCUUAUACGGAAAUGAGCUCAACUACUUCACAACGUACUUCAGCAUCGCGUACUGCAUUAUGCUGAUCCCGUCUCAAAUCAUUCUGACCUACGUACGGCCGAGCUACUGGCUAUCCGGGCUGGAGAUAUGCUGGGGCGUGAUCACGGGGCUGAUCGCCAUCGCCCAUAAUGCGAAUCAAGUAUACAUCCUCCGCGUCUUCCUCGGCCUAUGCGAGAGUUCGGCUUGGCCAGGGAUGAUGACGCUGUUCAUGCAUUGGUACACGCCCUCAGAACUUGCGAAGCGAAUGGGCUUCUACCACUCUUGCCAGGCAAUGGGAUCCAUGGUCUCGGGCGCAUUGCAGGUCGCCAUUGUGAACACUCUUCACAACGCCAAGGGGUUAGCCGGGUGGCGUUGGCUGUUCGUCAUCAACGGGGUCAUGACUGUGGUAGUUGGUGCCCUCGGCUUCUUCUUGCUGCCGGACCUUCCCAAUCGCGUCAACCCGCGCGCGUUCUGGUUCAAGGAGGGCCAUGCGAAACUUGCGAUGGAGCGCCUCGAGCGCCACGGGCGGGCUGAGCCGAAGAAGAUGACCUGGGCUGGUGCUAGACGCACUUUUGCCAACUGGGUAGCUUAUUUCGUCCCGGUUCUGUACAUCGCGACUGUUCUGGCGCCUUGGGGAUACGCCUACUUCAACCUGUUCCUCAAAAGCCUCAAGAAUCCUGACGGCACUCCUGUUUGGUCCACUUCCGAAGUUAACGCUAUUCCGAUUGGCGGCGGUGCUAUUAAUGUUGUUUUUGUUUGGAUUUGGGCGAUUUUGUCUGAUCUUUUGAGAACGCGAUGGACUUUGAUCGUUGCGCAAGCUGCCAUCGGUCUUGUUCCGUGCAUUGCGAUGAGCAUCUGGACCUCGCAUCCUGACACGACGCCAUUAGCUACAGCAUACGCUAGUUACUUUAUCUCUUACCUCAGUCUGGGCACUGCGCCAUUGAUCUUUGCUUGGCUAUCUGACUUAUUGCCCCAAGACCCGGAAGCUAGGACCCUCAUUAUCGGAGUCGCCGUCGCGACGUACUACGCAGUAUCAUCGUGGAGUCAAGUACUCGUCUGGCCUGCGGUAGAGGCGCCGUACUACAAAUACGGCUGGCAAUCGUCAAUUGCUCUUUGGAUCCUGGUCGUUAUCAUGACUUGUGUUCUCCGGUAUAUCGACAUGAAGUAUCUUCUUCCGAAGCGAGAAGACUUCCGUGCCACUCUACGUGUGCACUCCAGUCCCAAGUUAGUGGGUGUAGACCCAGACCCCGAGGAUGAUCGUUAG